UUGAAAUUAUAAAAAUAAAAUAUUUGGAACCUCAUAACAUUUUAUUUUUCUACUAAUUGGAUAUUUUGUUUUCGUCUGGCAACACUCACUCUAAAGCUGUCACCACGCAAUGAAAUUUUGAGGUUAGAAAUGACAUGUGUGUGCUGCAAAAGGGGCUUGCAAAAAAUAUUAAAAAUAUUGCUUAAUUUAUGGCUCUCAUACUUUUAUUUGGUAACUAGUUAUUUUUUGAGUGCAAUUGAUCAUGGUGCGUACAUAUACUAGGAAGUAUACAAAUUCCAGAAAUGGCAAAUCUUUUUUACCUUACCAAAAUUACUCAGCGGAAAAUUUACAAGUAGCAAUAGAGAGUGUAAAAGAAGGAAGAAUGAGUCUUACCGAUGCCGCAGACACUUUUGGUGUGCCAAAGAGUACCUUAAGUAGAAAGACAAGAAAUAUUAACUGUACGCAAGAGACAGCAGGCCAUCCAACAUUAUUUACGCCUGAAGAAGAGAAAGUCUUCAUUAAAUUUGUUUUAAUAGUAGGGGAAUGGGGGUUUCCGUUUGAUACCACAGAUCUUCGUGUAUUUGCCAAGAAAUAUCUCGACAGACUUGGAAAAAAUGUGUAUAAUCUAAAAGAUAAUAUGCCAGGUUAUGAUUGGGCCAGAAACUUUCUUCAAAGACAUAGAUUACAAAUUUCAAACCGUAAAUCUGCACAUAUUUCCAGUGACCGAGCCAGAUUUAGGUCAGAUGAUAUUGAUGCCUUUUUUGAGAAUUAUGUUAAUACGGUUGAGGGUGUUCCUGCAGCGCACAUCAUUAACUAUGAUGAAACGAAUUUAACAGAUGAUCCCGGCAAUAAAAAAUAUAUUUAUAAAAGAGGAUGCAAGUAUCCAGAGCGGAUCAUAAAUAGCUCGAAAACGGCAAUUUCGCUCAUGUUUUCGGGCACUGCAUCAGGACAUCUCUUACCUAUUUACGUUGUCUACAAAUCGGAAAAUCUUUGGGAUACGUGGAUGGAGGGAGGACCAGAAGGGACGAGAUAUAAUCGUUCCAAGAGCGGAUGGUUUGAUUCAACCUGCUUCGAAGAUUGGUUUCAUACCAUUAUAGUUCCCUAUUUUCGUAAUAAGCCUGGACGGAAGGUGUUGAUAGGUGAUAAUUUAUCAUCACACUUUUCGGAAAGUGUAAUAAAAACUUGUGAGACAUUGAAUAUUGCAUUUGUAUGUCUGCCACCUAAAACAACACAUUUAUUACAACCUCUGGACGUCGCGUUUUUUGCUCCUUUGAAGGUAUACUGGAGAGAUAUUCUUACCAAAUGGAAAAUUACCGAGGGAAGACAUCACAAAACCUUAAUUAAGAGUGCAUUUCCUAAAUUGUUGAAAAAACUUAAAAAUAAAUUAAUCGAAAAUGAUGCCGAAUCCAGAAAUUUAAUAGCAGGUUUUAAUAAAUCCGGACUUUACCCUGUUGAUCCUAAUCGUCCCAAAUCUCGAUUACCCCAAUCUCAUGUUCCAAGGUCCGAGGAAGAAAUAGAGACAAGUAGUACUUCAGUUAUAAAGGAUAUGUUGAUGGAAUUGCGAUGUCCCGAUGAGCCGACGGGAAUGAGACGGAAAAAGAGAUUUGUGGUUGAACCGGGAAAGAGCGUAUCUUCCGACGAUUUAGUACAAAAUCAGUCAAAAACAAGUGCAAGAUUAAAGGUGUCCGGAAAAAGAAAAGAAUUAAAGAAGUCUACUUCAAACAUCCUAUCAGACCCAUUUAUUGAUUCAGUUCCAGGUCCUUCUGGACUACAUCAAAUAAGGAGCAAUAAAAAUCAUGAUAGUGAUAAUUCCGAUGAUCAAAUUGCGUCUGUUCUUAUGCCUAAGUCAAAACUAACAUCCUACAAGGGCAUGGGAAAAGGGAUCGGUAAAAAAACAAAACCUUGUAAAAUAUUGAUUAAUAAGAAGCAACAAAGUGAGAAUGUAACAGAAACAGCUCUAAAUGAUACAUUAGUUAACUCUGGUUCAUUAUUACAGUCAUCUCUCCAAAAUCCCGAAAGCCUCAAAAAUUUAUGUAUCAGAUGGGUCAAUACUCACUUAAUUCAAAACAAUGAACUAUCCGGACAAAGAUCAUUUAUUCAAAAUUUGUACGAAACCAAAAACUAUGAAGCUAACGUGCCAUUUAUAGGUGAAUUACCAGAAUGCCUACUAAAUAGCAGACCCACUACUAGAUCUAAACCUAUAAUUACAUCAGAAGUUAUUUUUGAAGCAGGAUCUUCCCAAAAUAUUCGUAAUCGUAAGAAAAUAAACGCUAUACUACAAAAAGAAAAUGUUGAAAUUACGCAGUUUGCUUUAAAUAUGAAAUUAAAUAUAGAAAAUAAAGAACAAGUAACUGAAAAAAGAAAAGUCGUAGAAGAAAUUACACAAGAAAGUAAAGAAUUAAAAGAAAUAAUAGAUAAUGUGAAACCUAAGAAAAAAAUAAAAAGUGAGACAGCUACUAAAGUGAAAAAAAGGACGCAGAAACACAUUUCUCGAAAACAAAAAUGGAGGAGAUCUAGUAGUGAUUCCAGCUCAUCUGAGAUUAUAAUGUGUAUGGCUGAUUCUGAUGAUUCAGAAUAUGAAACAAUGGAUGAUUUAAUCACGGAAUUUUACGAAGAAGAACAAGAAAAUAUAGAACCAUCAAUUCCCUUUGGCUUUUCUGAAAUUGAAUUUUUUACAGAGGAUAAUAAUACAUUAAAAAUUGAUUCCUGGAUUUUAGCAAAAUUUGCUACAAAAAAGAGCGUUAAACAUUUCGUAGGAAAGAUAAUAUUAAUAAAAAACAACAUUCCUGAUGUCAAAUUUGUGAGAAAAGUAAAGGAAUCAAAAUUUAAUAGAGGAUCGGUGUUUACUUAUCCUACAGUAGAUGACAUUUGUACCAUGAGACAUUUGGAUGAUAUUGUUCUAGUAUUACCAGAGCCCAACAUCUCUCGGCGAGGACAAAUCAUAUUUGAUAUUGAUUUGAGUAAUUACAACGUACAAUAGGUUUAACUGUUUUGACUUAUGGUAUUUUAAAUUUUAUUUUCGAAGUCUUUAGACUGACUAUGAUUAAGACUGAUUUAAUGUUAUGAUUAUAAUUAAGGAAGUAUCAAUGCCAAAUAUUGUGCCUUAUUUUUUGUUAAAUGUUUACCUACCGCAAUGACAUUCACCUUCUUACAAACUUUGAUGAGAACUUUGAUAGUUGAUUAAGUAUUUGUUUAUGUUUGAAUUAGACCGCUGAUGUCUAGAAAAUAUUGUUGUUUUAAUACAUAUUAUAGUUACCGAGAGACCUGAUUAGAUAAAUAAGUACAGACAUUUGAUACAUAUUUUUGAAAGUUUUAAUUAUAUUACCUGGGUUAACUUUAUUAUCAGAAUUCCUACCUACUGAAUUUUUAAUAUGGUAAACUUCCAGUUCCAAUGUUCUUAUUUGUUUUUUUAUGUACAUUUUGGAAUUUUGAGAAUUGGUUUAUUUUUGUAAUGUUUAUUUUAGUGAUUGUUGUUGAGUUCUCAACAUUGGUUCCAUAGUAUAAUUAAGUUGUUUGAAAUAAUUGGGUGAGUUGCCCUUUUGCGACUGUGAUUUUAGUUAUUUUACACGUUGUUUAAUAAUAUGCGUGCCUUAUUACUAGUAUAGUAAAAGUUAAAUUGUUUUUAAAUUGCUCAGACUGUUGAUGAUGAUGAGUGAACUGAUUAGAUAAAUAAGUACAGUUAUUUGAUACUUAUGAAAGUUUAAGUGUUAUUAACCGGGUCAAUUUUAUUAUUAAAGUUCCUACCUACUUAAUUAAUAUGGUAAACUUCCAGUGUUCUUAUUUGAUGUUUCUUUUUUGUAUCACAUUUUUCAUUUAAAUAAACAUACUUAAAGUACAUUCAACAAUUUCAUUUAAAUAAUGACUUCCCCUUAAAUUGUUCCAAAUAUAUCCUACAUUCUCUCCUUUAGUCCAACUGAUUAAUCAUCGUACUUCCAAAUAACCCCAAUAUAGUGGCACUAUAGUUUUAUAGUGCAAGAUUUUACAACAAAAUUGAACAAGAGCACUAUAGACAUAUAGCCAGGUACACACUAUCAAUGUUCUGAUUAUCGCCAAACUGAUUCAAAUUAAAACUGGCCUACAUUUUAC